UACCAUUUCCUGCCCGCCUCCAGCCAGGCCAGCGGCCUUCCCCGCCCUCGGCUCCUCCCGUUGCCGCCGCGCAAUUGCUGGCUCUCGGAGGCAAGAGCGGACCAGCAGAAAGGCGCCAUGGCGCUUCUGGAGCCGUUAAGCGGAGCGCAGCUGAAGCGCCUGGAACAGCACAGCUACAACUCGUCCGGGCGCUCGCUGCUGGAGCCGCCGCUGCAGCAUUACUGGGUUUGGCUGGUGGAGCGCACGCCGCUCUGGCUGGCCCCCAACGCCAUCACGCUCACCGGCCUGGUCUUUACCCUCGUCCCUUCGCUGAUUCUCAUGUACUACUGCCCUAGCGCCACCGAGGAGGCUCCUCCUUGGGUGUUCCUCUUGUGUGCGUUGGGACUCUUUAUUUACCAGUCUCUGGAUGCGAUCGAUGGAAAGCAAGCCAGAAGAACAAAUAGUAGUUCCCCUUUGGGAGAAUUGUUUGACCAUGGCUGUGAUUCUGUUUCAACAGUAUUCAUUGGUGUUGCAGCCUGUGUUGCAAUUCGCUUGGGAACAAAUCCAGACUGGCUCUUUUUCUGUUCCUUUGCCGGGAUAUUCCUGUUUUACUGUGCUCACUGGCAAACCUAUGUCUCAGGCAUACUCAGAUUUGGCAAAAUUGAUGUGACUGAAUCUGAAAUAGCUGUAAUAAUGAUAUUUUUGUUAAGCUCAUUUGGUGGAACAAGAAUAUGGGACACAAAGAUCCCUCUGUUUGAACUAGAUUUGAAGACAUUAUUUAUUGCUGUCUUUUUGGGUGGGACAGUAUUUUCAAGUUAUAAUUAUUUCCGAGUAAUCCUUGGCGGAGGUGUGGGGAAGAAUGGUUCCACAAUAGCAGGAACAAGUGUUUUAUCUCCAGGCCUCCACAUUGGUCUAAUUAUUACUUUGGCAGUAAUGAUCUACAAAAAGUCCCCAACUCAACUGUUUGAAAACCAUCCUUGUCUAUAUGUCUUAACUUUUGGAUUUGUGUCCGCAAAAAUUACACAAAAAUUGAUGGUAGCACACAUGACAAAAAGUGAGAUCUUACUUCAAGACAUAGCAUUCAUUGGGCCAGGCCUCUUAUUUCUAAACCAGUACUUCAAUUGUUUUAUUGAUGAAUAUAUUGUUUUAUGGAUAGCACUGUUCAUCUCGUUGUUUGAUUUGCUGAGAUACUUUACUGGAAUAUGCAUACAGAUCGCUGCUCACCUUCACAUACAAGUCUUCAAGCUUUCACCUCCUCAAGCUGUUGAACAGGUUCAGAAUCAUAAUGAGUGACUUAUAAUUAAAUGUGAAGAGAAGUACAAGUUGUUUCUCCACUCAACCAUCAGUAUAACAUGGACUGAAGAGAUUUGCGAACAGUUGCCAUCUCUUGCUGUUGCUGUUACAAGAAAGAAAAAUAUAUUGAUCAAAUGCAACAUUUUGUAUCACAGGUCUCUUAGCUCAUGAAUUGUAAACAAUGUUUAUUUUUUCUAUUUAAAUUGCUGAAGUUUUCAUAAAUCUGUAUUAAUACUUACUG